GAUAAAAGCGACUUUGGCACAGUGUUUAUUUUUACGAAGCAGUGCAAUUCGUUCAUAAAUACGAUAGAAUAGAAUGUUUGGAUGUUGAGAGAUAUUAUUGGUAUGGAGCGUAAAUUGGAGGUCACUAUGCAUAGGAGUCUGAACAUAGGCGGAGGCGGCGCCCACAUGAGGGGCGGCGUCUACGACGGCAAAAUCGCAGGCCUCUACGACCUGGAGGAGACACUCGGUCGUGGACACUUUGCCGUCGUCAAGUUGGCCAGGCACGUCUUCACCGGCGAGAAGGUUGCAGUCAAGGUCAUAGACAAGAGUAAACUGGACGACGUGUCCAAAGCGCAUCUGUUCCAAGAGGUGAGAUGCAUGAAGCUGGUGCAGCAUCCGAACGUCGUGCGAUUGUACGAGGUCAUCGACACGGCGACGAAGCUCUACCUGAUCUUGGAACUGGGAGACGGCGGCGAUUUGUACGAUUACAUCAUGCGCCACGACACCGGCUUAUCCGAGGUGCUGGCUCAGGAGUACUUCAGGCAGAUCGUGCGCGCCAUCACCUAUUGCCAUCAGCUGCACGUCGUCCACAGAGAUCUGAAGCCCGAGAACGUGGUGUUCUUUCAGAAGCUGGGCGUAGUCAAAUUGACGGACUUUGGGUUUAGCAACAAGUUCUGUCCCGGCCAAAAACUGGAGACCAGCUGCGGCAGUCUGGCCUAUUCCGCCCCGGAGAUACUGCUGGGCGAUUCCUACGAUGCGCCUGCCGUGGACGUGUGGUCGCUCGGCGUGAUCCUGUACAUGCUGGUCUGCGGUCAGGCUCCCUUCCAGGAGGCCAACGAUUCCGAAACGCUGACCAUGAUUAUGGACUGCAAAUACACGGUGCCCACGCACGUUUCCAAAGAAUGCAAAGACUUGAUUGCUAAGAUGUUGGUGCGAGCGCCGGAAAAGAGGGCGACUUUAUCUGAGAUUUCGGCGCACGCCUGGUUGGCGACGAACAAUCAGGAUACAAUUGACAUACUGCCAUUGGUGUCGAAGGAACAAUUAUCCGAGGAGGAUCAUAAUCUUAUUGUGCAGAAGAUCGUUAACGGAAACAUUGCAACCAAAGAAGAAAUCCAAGAUUGCCUGGACAAGAACGAGUACAAUCACAUAACGGCAACGUAUUUUUUACUGGCCGAACGAAAGCUACGGUCUAAGCGGCAAGAAAUAGUUAGCAACAAUCGAGGUAGGCGGCCAGACCAAUUGGCAGUCCAUCAACCAAACCAACCACCGCAAAUAAUUAAGAACACUAACAAAAGUCCCGCUCCCUCUUUGUUGUCCGUACCCAGAACUCCCGGUGAUGUACCACAGAGGUCGCGCAAGUGCAGCAUUGUGCAAGAAGAUGAAGAGGAGGAGGACAUCUCAAGCUGUUCGGGUCGGGAGGAGCUAUCGUCGGCGCACACCUCGCUGAAUCGUCGCGGCUCUAGGUCCGAGGGUCGACUGAAUUUGGCCCUUCAGGAGAGAAUCGCCGAGUCUGAGAGGAGGAAGGAGGAGGACGAGAAGGUGCCGAAGCUAGCCAAUCAGCCGCAGCAGCAACCUCUGUGUAACAUCAAAACUUUGGAGAGCAGGCCGAGGUCCGCGCACGAGGCCAAGCUGAGCAAGAAACCGGACAAGGUCUCGACCAUUCCGCCUAAAGUGAAGACCACGAUCAUAACAGAAUCCUCGACGAUCACCAUCCCGAUCGUCACGAAUUCCCCGUUGACGUGCCAAGCUUUGCCUAAAUACAGGACGAUGCCAUCGCCAAUCCGUACUCAACAGCAUCAACAUAAUCUCCAGCAACAACAACAGCAGCAGCAAGGAGCCAACACACUUAAUACUCAGUUGAACGAGAUCUUCGAGGAAGGAGAUUGCGACGCGAACGGACGGCCUACUAGGCAGUUCGUGAGCAGGAAUAGGGCCACUUAUGAGCAGAGAAGAUCAAAAUUCCACAAGACCAGAACGGCGUCGUGCAGUUCCUCCGAUGCAAGCGACGAUGACAGCGAGAAUCGGAAGAAGAGGGCACACAAGAUUGGCGCCACAGCAGUCAGCAAACCGUCGCAGCACGUGCGCCGCGACUCGCACGAUGAUUCCAGUGAUUCUCAAGAACCCGGUGCCGGAGCUACGGCGGCCUCGGGAAACGGAACCAUUGGAGGUGCUGUUAUCACUAACAACAGUAAUUCCGGUAAUUCCACCAAAACCACCGGCACCACCGGAAAUACGAACGGCGGCAGGAAACACAAUAUUGGUAACAGUGCGAUGUUGGGGCGAAGGCACAAGGCGAGCAGACGGAGAAGCGGCGAAACCAGACUGAGGGAGAGUCAAUCCUUGAACAGGAUCACGGAGGAGGAUGGCAAUCAUCACACUCUCGUGAUUACUGGUAAUCUCACCGCAAGCCAAGGCGUAUGCGUGGCGCCGAAGGUGAAGAGUUUCGGUGCGCGAUUCCUGCAGGGCUUCGGCAUGAGCAGCAGCAAGCGGCCGGUGGAAGAGAAGGCGGCACGCAAAGAGGAGAAGGAAAAGGAGAACAAGCUGAGCAGCUCGAAGAAGAUGCGCCUUCUGGGUAGAUACUUUCAAGUGCACAAGAGGAUAUUCGUCCCGAUUCCGGGUCUGUUUUCGCGGAGCAAACUGUACAAAGCACGAUCGUGCGGAUCGUUGAAGAUCGACGAGGAGGAGGACGGCAUCGUGUCCGGCGGCAGCAAGCUGUCGGCCGUCGGAAGCACCGGGGACAUCAAUCAGAACAAGUCGGAGCAGGAUCUGCAGGGGACGAAGGUUCUCGUGAAAAACGUUCGUGAUAUGUGCGUCCAUCUGGGGCACGCAUCCAAAUGUAGUUUCUGUUGAUUCACGUCGUUGCGAACACGGACGAGAAAAAAGAAGAAA